AUGAACGGUGAGCAAACGAACGAUGUGCAAAUGAACGGUUUGCAACUGAACGGUGUGCAAUUGAACGGUGUGCAAACUAACGGUGUGCAAAUGAACGGACCUCACAAAAUUGCAGCUUGUCGAACGACAAAACGUUGUUUAAAAUGUGGAAACAAACACCAUACUACCAUUCAUCAGAAUACUCAGUCUAAAACUAAAGCUUCUACUCCAGUAGCUUCAGCAUCUGAAAACUCUUCUGAAUCAAAAUCAUCGGAAGUUCAUACUCUCCAUUCUUCCACUGAACAACAUUCAGUUACUUCAUGUGUUUUAUUAGCUACAGCUCAAGUCGUAGCUAUAGCAGAAAAUGGAGAAAACUUAAAGGCUAGAGUAUUAAUUGAUCAAGGUUCUGAAAUCUCGCUAAUUUCUGAACGUUUAGUACAGCUCCUUCAUCUUCCCAGAAAACACUCUUCUAUUUCUUUAAUCGGAAUCGGUGGUUUAAAGACAAAUAAUACUAACGGAUUGACACAAUUCAAAAUAAGACCUCACUUUGAUCAUAAUACGGAAAUCUUCAUAUCAGCACAUAUUCUACCAAAAUUAACCACAUCUCUUCCAUCAGUUAAAGUUCAUCAGCAUGAUUGGCCUCAUUUGAAAGGAUUGACAUUAGCUGAUUAUCAUUAUGCAACUCCUGGAUCUAUUGACAUAAUUUUAGGAGCCUAUGUUUACUCUCAAAUUAUUGAGGAAGGAUUGAUAAAAGGAGACACCACAUCACCAAUUGCCCAACGCACAAAACUUGGUUGGAUAUUAUCCGGUCCUUUUAAUAAUAACAAAGCAUCGGAAAUUUCUCAAGGAUAUCAUAUAUCAGUUGAUAAAGACCUUCAUGAUCUUCUUCAACGUUUUUGGAAACUCGAGGAAGUAUCAUCUACCACCACGUCGCUAUUAUCAAUUGAAGUUCAAGAAUGCGAGCAGCAUUACAAACAAACUCAUUCACGGGAUCAACAAGGAAGGUAUAUCGUUAGACUUCCUUUCAAAAGAUCAGCAAAUGAAUUAGGUGAUUCUCGUAAAAAAGCUCUUCAUAUUAUGUUCAAUCUAUUUAAAAAGCAAACAAGUGAUUCCAAUUAUGCAACUGCUUAUUCAGAAUUUUUAAGAGAAUAUGAAAGACUAGAUCAUAUGAUCCAAGUUCCUAAAGGUCAAUUAGAACCAGAAUUAGUCUACUAUCUUCCUCAUCAUGGAGUUAUUCGAUAA